UACGUGCAUGAGUGUGAAUCUACGUCUAGACAUUCCCGACUUUCUCCCUCCCCCUCUUAAUAAAAGACAGCAUCCUCCUUUCAAGGUGUCAGUCACUUGCUGAACUUGCCUCUCUUUCUCAGAGUGCUUGAAUCUGAAAGACGUUCAUCAUGGCAAGCAAGAUGGUGAUUCAACAGCCUAAGCCAUUGGUAGUGGCUGCUGCAUCAGACCAGUGGAGCACCAGCAUCUGUGAAUGCGACAACGUCAAUGAAUGUUGUUUCUCUGUGUGGUGUUUCCCUUGCUUUGCCUGCAUUACAGCCAGAGACCACGGAGAAUGUCUCUGUCUCCCUCUCUUGGACAGCUGCGGGUGUAUUCCCCCAAUCACUCUCUCCAUGAGGGUUUCCACACGCCGACGUUAUGGCAUCACGGACUCUAUCUGCAAUGACUGUGUGUACUCUUACUUCUGUGGACCGUGCUCAUGGUGCCAGAUCAGACGAGAGAUGAAGGCAAGACUCCAUCCUGUCACUCUGUUCAACAACAGGCCAACCUAAAGAUCACCAUCGUCUUCCUCACCUUCAUCAUUUUCACAGUGCAUUCUCUAAAGCGCUCUUUGUCCUUAUCGGAUCACGUCAUGUCAGACCUAAAAACAAAGACUUGCUUGUUCUGUGGUUGUAAUCAUAGUUUUUGAUCUUCCCCCCACACACACUGACCUGAGAUCAGCCCUUCAACAUGACAUUGUAGUGGAAUGUGUUUUACAUAUUGUUGGUGUACAGCUUUAAUCCAGGAUGUGAGGAAUUCUGAACAGAGGAUUCACCUAAGUAAAAUGCAGAUUUGGGAUUUUAAUGUUGCAACAUGUUUAGUGACACCAUUUUAGUUUAUUUUUGUAAUUAUUUUUAUUAUAUAUUGUUGUAAUCUGCUUGAAUUUUUAAAGACAUAGCACAUUAUUUCCAUUGUUUCUCACAGUAUGUGUCUCACAUGCUGUAUCUUUAUAAAAUAUCUGCAUAAUAUGAUUUUCACUGUAGUUGGAAAGUUGUUAAUAUUGAGCCAUUGAAAUGUGACACUGGAGGUUUGAUAUUACUAAAAGAUGUUUUAGUGUGUGUUUUUGCAGACCUGUAAAUUAUUGAAUGUAGAAAUUAUGAAAAUAUGUUGGGGCACUCAAUAAAGCUUAUUGCAAAAACAUAA